AUGCGUCUCUUCGCCGCCCUAUUCGCUGCUUCUGGUGCGUCCUCCGCCCUCGCGGGCGCGCCGUCCUCGCCAAUGUCGCGGCUGCUCGUCUUCGCCUCCCCCUCGGAGCGCGCUGUCGCUGCUCUUGCCAAGCGCCAGCACCACACCGAGGCUCUUCCCAUGCACCUGAUCCCCCCCGCGUGCGACGCCCCUUGCAAAUACUACAAGGACCUGUUCACCACCUGCCCCGGCAACCCCGGCGCUGAGAUCUGCGCCGGCGCGUGCAACGGCACCCUCCUCACCGACCUCCAGGUCUGUAUCAACUGCACGCUCGUCGAGGGCCCCGGCGCCGGCGUGAUCCAGUUCGAAAUCGACCUCCUCAACAAGGCGCAGCAGUCGCUCGCCCAGGAGUGUGUCGAGGACCAGUUCCCCAAGUCGUUCUCGGGCGAGUUCCCUGUCCCCACCACCGUCGCCUAUCCCUCUGGCGUCCUCAACGCGACCUUUGCCCCCUCGGGUCCCCUCACCUCGGCCCCUGCACCCACGGGCUCGGCAAACGCCUCCGCCUCCGGCUCGGGCUCAGCCGCCGCCGCUAACGCUUCGACGCCUGCCAGCGCCGUCCCCACCGCCGGCUCGGGUGCCGGGAUCUCAGCCUCGUUCAGCGCCGCUGGCCUCCUCCUCGCCGCCGCCGCCGUCGCCGCUUUCUAAGCGUCUUGUCUCCAGUCAUACUACCCGUCAUGUGCAGACACUGUCUAAUGUUCCUCUAGGUCGCACGCGCCCUCCUCGGCACGAGGGCGCGAGCAUGCAUCUUAAUUGUCACACUUGU